CGAACCGUCAUGUCUGUCUGUUCGUAAAAUUUAAUUCAUCGAGGAAAUUAUUUAGUUUCUUUCUUCUAAAUUAAUUAAACUAUGUCUUUUUAAUAAUGAAUAUAAUUGGGUGUUAUAUUUAUAAUAUUGGAAAAAAAAAUCUAUGCGUAGAGAGGGCUUUUUCGUUUGAUUUAAAAGUAAUUAACACAUAAAUGGGUGCUAAGUGGUCUGAAUAAAUAAAGAAUAAUGGAGUGCGGAAAAAAGACUGUGAAAAUGAUAUUAGUCCUAUUAAGCUUCGAUAUAAAGUUUUAAGUGGUGCCCGUGGUUUAGUUAGAACAAUGAGGUUCCACAGGAGGUGCGGUGACAGGGUCACGCUCCUCAACGACAAUUCGACUGCUAUUCGAAAUUUUGUAGAAUUUAAUCACGGCCUGAUACUAAGCGCAGAGCCUCUGAAAGAUGAUCUUAUGUUUGAAGUGUGCAUUGAUAGAAAGGUGAAUGUUUGGAAUGGGUCACUCGAAAUUGGUGUUACAACGUUGGAUCCGGAGUAUAUGGAACUUCCAGCCACAGCCACUAAGCUUCGAAAUACUGCUUGGAUUAUGUCUGGGAGUUCUAUAGUUAAAGAUGGUGUAACUGUAGUCAACUCCUAUGGACCAGAACUUGACACUCUCCGAGAAGGAGAUUGUUUGGGUGUUAUGCGCUCCAGUAAAGCUGAGUUAAUGUUUUAUAUCAAUGGGAGAUGCCUAGGCAUAGCAGCAACGGAAUUGCCUCCUAAAGUGUUUGCCGUAAUAGAUCUUUACGGACAAUGUGUGCAAGUUUCUAUUACUAAUUCCAAUGGUAUGAGACCUAUAAUGGAGAGCAGCUUAGAUCAGAUUGAAGAGGACCCAAACAAUGACGAUACUUUGACGUCGAGUGAGUUGGAAGGGGCAGUCGGGCCUGCAGAACCAGUCCCAAAGGAUUUACCGUCACUCCCGCAUGUUUACAUUCCAAUGGUUUCUGAUGGAGCUUCUGCUCUAGCGACUCAAGAACGAUUACGAUUUCAUCCGAGGUGUGGCAUACUAGUCAAGCUGUCCAGUAAUAAUAAGUCUGCUGAAAGAGCGAGGCCUCUGGAUGAUUACAAUAAUGGUGUUGUGAUGACACAUCGGCCAUUGUACGACAAUGAACUGUUCGAGAUUCGUAUAGAUCGCCUCGUCGACAAAUGGAGUGGCAGUAUUGAGGUGGGGGUGACUACACACAACCCAGCAACAGUGAGGUUUCCGUCCACCAUGACCAACAUGGACUCCGGAACCAUCAUGAUGUCUGGAUGCAAAGUUCUGCUCAACGGGAACGGCACUUGCAUGGAAUAUGGGAACUUCAAUUUAGACGAAUUGCGGGAGGGUGAUACAGUUGGCAUGAUGAGGAAGACUGACGGCAAGCUGCACUACUUCAUAAACGGCGUCGACCAGGGGGUCGCUACGGACAAGGUGGAGCCCCAAGUGUGGGGCGUUGUAGACCUUUACGGCAUGACUGUGAAGGUCACCAUAGUUGACCCCUGUGAGGACAUAGAUAGCAACAUUAAUCCACCGGCUAUUGUCCCUUGCAGAUAUCCAUUUCCAGUACCACUGUGUCGAUAUAGGCCGGCUAUAGACGAACAUACACUUUUAUUUCAUACGCUGCGUGAUUCGAAUGUUAUUAUUAUUAAUGAUGGUAAGACUGCUCAUAGGCCUAAUGCUUUCGAAUACUUCAACAACGGAAUCGUAAUGACCAACAGGACCCUCAGGACUGGCGAGCUUUUCCAAGUGCGGCUCGACCUAGUCAUCCCCAAGUGGGCCGGAAGCAUUGAGAUUGGAGUCACGCAGCAUUCUUCUAAUGAUAUUAAAUUUCCAUUCAAAAUGAGCAAUGAAAAAUCCGGCACUUGGGCAAUGACCGGAGAAGACGUGAUUAGAGACGGGACAAUAAUUAUACCUCAGUAUGUCAGGAAUCUCAACAGAUUAGUGGAGGGGGAUACAGUUGGCGUGAUGCGAAAGGACAUGGGCAUCCUGCAUUUUUUUGUGAAUGGCGUCGACCAAGGUCCUGCUGCGUUCAACAUACCAGAACACGUGUUUGGUAUUAUUGAUCUGUACGGGCGAGUCGCGCAGGCUACAAUAGUGGAGUGUUACAUGCCACCACCGUUCUCACCCGAAUCUCCUAUAUCUACUGAAUCUAACGCAACUGUUUACCCCAUACGUGAUGAUGUUAGAACAAAUUACUCAUAUGCCGCAGCGAAAAAAAACGAGAUAUGUUUCCAUCGAGUGCACGGACGGAACGCGUACCUUAACCGAGCUAGAACGACGGCGUACCGAGGAACCGUGUACUCGGAAUUCAACGACGCUGUGCUGUUCAGCUCGAGACCGUUACGGGAAUGCGACAUGUUCGAACUUCGAAUAGACAAAAUGGUCGACUGUUGGAUCGGCAGUCUUGAGAUUGGGGUAACAGCUAUACGUCCAGAGGACCUUGAAAGCAACGGUGGCGUGGGGGCCUUAGCAGGGACUGCGACAGAUCUCAGCUGGGACACGUACAUAUUGAGCGGCGCCGCCAUGAUGAAAGACGGGGAAUGCGUCAGGAGCGGGUACCCGCUUGAUCUGGACACGCUCACCGUGGGAAGCAGAGUUGGCAUUAUGUGGCACGCUGACCGCAGCUUGCAUUACUACCUUGACGGCAUGGAUAUGGGCAAGGCGUGGUACGUGCCCCAUCUCAACAUAUACGCCGUGGUGGAUCUCUAUGGCCAGUGCACUCAAGUGACAAUAAUGAAAAAUGAAGAAAGAGCAUUCAAUUACAACGGAUGCAAUAAUUCUGACAAUUCAUUAUUGGAAGCAAGAAAUUACAUUUCGCCGCCUCCGCCAUAUUGGUGUUUUUCCGACUACUGCGGUGACAAUGUCUGCCUCAUGAAAGAGUGUUCGUUCGCUAAGCGAUACACGCCGGACCCGAUGGCAGGAUUGGUCUUCAGCUCCACGCAUCUUGCUAUUGGAGAGAUGUUCGAGAUCAAGAUAAUGGAAACCAACCAUAGUUACGCGGGUAGCUUUCGCAUGGGCGUGACUGACAUCAACAUACUGAACGCUCACGUGAACAGUAGCUUCCCACCGUCAGCGUUGUACUUGCCUCACUACACGGCCUUUGUUGACGGCAAGUACAUGAAGUACACUCGAUUGGGUUCGCGAGGGCACGACAUCUAUUCCUUCUUGCCGUCGUUCGAGUGGCUGCGCCCUGGCGAUCGCAUCGGGUUCAAGAAGACUACAGAUAACCGUGUGCUAAUAUACUACAACAUGGAGCUAUUGGACAUGGCUUUCGAAAAAGUUCCUGAUAGAGUUUAUGUCCUCAUGGAGUUGUUUGGCAACGUCACAAAAAUACAAGCAGUCAGCAGGGGAUGUCUAGUCAGAGCGUUUUUGCAACGAACAAUUCCGAACGAUGACGUAAAACCAGCAGUUGAUGCAAACGGCGAAGGAAAUAGCGCUGGUCAAGCUGAAGCGUCUACCAGCGAAGGUGAAGUCCCUGAACUUCCACUGUCAAACGAACCAGCGUCCGCUGAACAAGAGACAGCAGCGGCUGAGACUGGCGAUGAAGCAGAAGCCAGUACCUCCACUGCUGUACCGGCGAAUACGGAGCCGAAGAAAAAGCGACGCCCCCUACCGUACACAUUUCAUUACGUCCACGGAAAGAAUAUCAAGCUGUGCAGUUCAGACACCGUUGCUGUGCGCACGACAGGAUAUAAAGAUGGUAUCGCUAUAGUUAGUCAACCGCUAAGAAGGGGAAACAAUUUUAGGUUCCGCGUGGACAAAGUGGGUGGGGAGUGGUCUGGUAGCGUCUCCAUCGGGGCUUUGGGGACUCUGCCGGCGGACAACCUGCCGGCCUGCGCUAUGAACCUGGAGCCCCCGCUGUGGGCAGUCUCCAGCGACCUGGUGCACGACAACGGGACCUUCAAAAAGACCAGCAUGGCAUCAGCACUAGAGGAGUUGGGCGAGCAGUCCGUGCUGACGGUCCACUUCAGGUUCAACAGCGAGCUGGUGGUAGACCUGGACGGCCAGGUGGUGGGCAUGCUCGGGCCUGUUCCGCGCUCCUUCAGCCACGUUUACCCUAUGAUCGACCUAUAUGGUCGCGUAACACAAGUAUCAGUCCUGCUACACCCCUACGUGGUAGCGAGCGGGAAUUCUCUCGAUCUCCCCAUCAUAACUGAAAAUCUUCGGGAAGAAUCCCUCGCCGAGCUCGAUUUAGACGACGAUGACGACGAUCGAGGCAGCUUCAGCGACUAUAUGCACAUUCCUGAUAUACGCCCCAAGCGCCAAAUAAAAGCGUACAGCCAAGACAACCUUGUGGAAGACGAUUUAGAUCCCAUAUUCGUUCAACCCGGCCCCAGCUCAUACCCGGAUCCAGAGAGCCCGAUCUGGAUCCCGCCGAUCUCCCCUUGUGUUCCCUUCGUCAAACAAGUAGUACAAAUGCCAGAUCCUGAACCAGAGCCAUCGAAAGCUAGCCCUACCACUAGCGGGGUAGCCCUGCACCAGAGCCUGAUACUCCAGCCAGCAAAAACUUCCACCCCCAUCAACAACAAUGAGGCCGUCAAUCGCUGCAUACGUAAAAGUCAUUCCUCUCACAGCUUUCAAGUCGCCGAUGAUAAUAUUUUUGAUAGCGAAAUAAAAGGAUCUUUACGGCACACACACAGCGUUGGGUCUAGAGUUGGCGGUGAUACUGAACGUGAUACGAAUAUUCGACACAACGACCGCUACCCUGAGGCUAGCGAUGUCGAUAAUUUGGAUAAUGAAAUCAUGGAUGCGUUGACGCUCGAAACCGGGAAUUUGCCUGAUCUUAGUGAGGAGCAAUCUUCGUCGUUGGAUGACUCGACACGGCACGACUUUUGGACGGAGACAUUAUCCGCGGAGAAUUUGCAUUAUUUGAACCGUUUGUUGUGUUUCGAUCAAGAAGGCGCCGAAGGGCAAAGCCUUGAGGCCGAGUGGGAAGCCUCGGGCGAAGGCUGCGAGCACUUGCAUUUGGUGCUGAAAUACUGGAACUUCCUUGCUUUGCCGUACCCCGAGCUGAGACAGGCGGUGUCGUGGGGUCAAGUCAAGUGCUACUGUAGUAACUGCCAACCUGAUGCGGAACCACCACUUGCGGGCUGGGUGCGAAUCGAGCGCAUCGACGGCGUGGGCGCCGCGCAGCGCGCUUUCUGGCACGUGGUCCGCUCGACGCUGGGCUCGGCGCAGGCCGCCGCCGCCGACGCGCCCGCGCGCCGCCCGCGCUCGCUCGCUCCCGCGCCUACAACCGCUCCCGCUGCCGCGCUCGACCGACACAAGACGCCUCACCUCCUCUACCAACAAAAUUCGGCGCUAUGGCGCGACGUUAACUGUGAGCUCUGGCGCUUUCUGGCACGUGGUCCGCUCGACCCUGGGCUCGGUGCAGGCUGCCGCCGAGCCGCCCGCGAGCCGUCCGCGCUCUCUCGCUCCCGCGCCUACUACCGCUCCCGCCGCGCCGCGCUCGACGUCGACACAAGACGCCUCACCUCCUUUACCAACAAAAUUCGGCGCUAUAGCGCGACGUUAACUGUGAGCUCUGGCGCUUUCUGGCACGUGAUCCGCUCGACCCUGGGCUCGGCGCAGGCCGCCGCCGAGCCGCCCGCCCGCCGCCGCGCUCGACGUCGCGACCCAAGCUUGAGCUCUAGCGCCUUCUGGCACGUGGUCCGCUCGACGCUGGGCUCGGCGCAGGCGGCCGCCGCCGACGCGCCCGCGCGCCGCCCGCGCUCGCUCGCUCCCGCGCCUACAACCGCUCCCGCCGCCGCGCUCGACGUAUGGUUCGAUGAAGAAGGAAAACCACACAAUACUGUAUUGGCCAUCGAAAUUGAUGUAGAGGGGUCUGAGGCAGAAAACGAUCGGCUGCUAGCAUUCCUGAUUUACCUGAGGUCCCCGAUGGUGUUCAUAGAUGACAACCCUCCGAGUUUAGACGAGUAAGCCACCAUGCAUACAAAUUCCAGAACAUGAUCUAUUUGCUGUACUGUAAGGGGCACAAGCAGGUUGUCUUAAUAAGUAUUAAAAUGAUAUUUUACGUACAGUCGAUUUAGUCCCCACGCGUCAACUCCACAUGCUUUAUUAGUGUAACGUACUUUAAGCUCAUUAUUUUUGUGAUCUCAGAUAUUACGCUGGCUAAGGUUUGUGUUAUACAUUUUGUUUUAGCUAAUGUAUUGAAGUGCAGGUCGCACCACAAGAUCAUUAAAAUUAAAGUAGCUUUUGUUGAACUUGGAUUCACACCGCAAGCAAUAGUGUUGAUAUUAUUUGAGCUAAUUGAAUUUGAAAGGUAUGUAACUUAGCAGAGUCUUUAGCUCUUCUGCUAAUCUCAAUCCACCAAUCUAAAUGAUGUCUUUGUUAUUUGCAUGCCAAACUCCUUUCAUCCAUAUUAAGCUAUAGUUCCAAAAUACUGAACUGUCCUAUCCAUGACAUUGACAGCGGGGCGCCACUGUCAAUACCGGAUCGCUGGUUCCGAUUGUUGCCAUGUUGGAAACCAUAUAGUUGUACGAUGGUAGCGCCCCCCUGUCAUUGAGUUUGGUGGGACAGUUCAGCGUGGGUCAUCUAUAUCUCUAGCUUUGCUUGAUAGCUAUUUGAACUAAGCUAAAUUAUGUUACCACAGUUCUUGUGGUGCUGCCUGCUCUUAAUUCCGACUCACUCGAUAUUAUUGUCAACGUAUCUCGGUGAGGCGUUUAAUAUUUAUAGAAGUAUACAGAUCAAAAAUAUUAUUUAUCGAUAGUAGGUUUUAAAAUGUAUAACAAUUUUAAUAAUAUUCUUAGUGAUAUAUCCACACGGGUUUGUGAUAUGCUCCGCGUGAGUGAUCGCUGUACAUUAGUAGAGGUGUCAUAUUGACACUAGGUCAGCGACCAAGUCGCGUAUGAGUGCGCAGUACUGCAUAGAGGCGAAAUUCCCGUAUCACUUUAUCAGUACUUCACUAUAAAUCAUCACCUGAUCAAUAUUCUAAAUUAAUUAAUUGGUCAACCGUCUUUAACGUUAUUGAAUUAUGUACCUGUACUAUUUUUAUUUGGAUUCUUAACACUAUUUAUUUUAACAUUAUUGUGAAUUAUUUGUAUACAAAAAAUAUUUGUUUAUUAAUAAAUAUUUUUGUGAGAUAUUCUUUACGACCUCAUAAGGCUACUAUAUGUUCAUAGAAUUGUUAGGCCUUUUAUUCAAAGGAACAUUAGUUUAAUGUACAGAUUUAUUUUAUAUUGUGUAAUACAUGUAUAUUUUAUUGGAUACUCUUGUAGGACAAUAAAUCUCUUUCAAAUUUAUAAUAUCUACCUUACAUAGUGAUCGCUAUUUCAACGGACACCAUGUCGUGAUUGUUAUUAUCCAGUAGAGUACGAGUGACUCGUAUACAUCGGGUUGACCCUUUUGUAAACUAAUUCUAUAGAUGAGCCCGUAUGAAGUGAUUCGUCAAGGGUAUUUUAUUCGAUAAAUGUUCCCAUAUAGCCAGCUCUUAUAAUACUGAUAUAAUGCUACGACUCUACCUGCUUUUUAACACGUCAAGUGUGGUCUGCCUAUCUACAAAAGUAGCCACACAUUUUUUAUUCAAGACAAUAAUUCUAAGUUAUUAUUUCUUGGGAUAUGUGUGGUACAGAUGUCGUGAAAAACUUUCAAUAAAUCGACGUGAUACAACGCAGUUAAAGCAGUGGCAUGACAAGUCGAGCGUUCAUCCAUUAUCAUAUUUCGUGCGUCGAAUCGCGAAAAGGCGUAUAGAUCUAACAAAAUUGACAUAUUGAGUUAAAACACACCAUGUUAUUAAAAACACGCAUUUUAUAACCUCACAAAAGAUCGUAACUGACGCCAGUAUUGACAAGUAAAAAGGGCCCGAAAUGCAUUUUUCCAUACUUCAAAUUAUCUUUAAACGUCGCUCCUGAAAAAUUGAUAAAAAUCAGUUACGCCUUUUCGUGAUUCGACCCACGAUUUGUGUAGUCCUAUAAGUCUACGGGGACCUUUUAACGGUAGAUACUGCUAUACGUAAUACAAAUAUAAAUAUUUUAAUGUGGUAAUUGUAUAAGCAAGUGAAUAAUAAUAUUGGAAAUACAAGUAAAUGUAAUAAUAAUAAUAUGUAACCGCUCGACAAGUCCACAUUACAAAUUAAUUGGAUAUCUCAAUCGAAUAUUUAUUUCACUCAUUGUAUAGUUAAGUAGAUAUGGUGUAUAUGUUGUUGGCAGUAUUCUCUCCAGUGCUUAGCGUUAAUUUAUUAUAGUCUACUGUUAUUUGGUCAUGUUGAAAUAUUAAUGACGUGGCCAAAUUACUCGUGUAGGCUAAUGCAAUACCAGAGUGAUGUAUUCUUAGUAUCGAGGCUGCUUAUGUGAAACUGACUGAAUUCUUUGGAUAUUUAUUAUGUAUGCAUGCGUUAUGUAUCAUUAUUCGUUCAAAGUACCUAAUAGUAAGUUCCUUAUUCUGUAUUAUUUUUGGAACAAAUAAACGAACUUUACUUA